CUUUUUUCCCCUGUUCUUCAUGGCCCCCGGUUUUGCUAUUUCUCCACCCUUAUAUACCACCUUUGCUCCCUACAGUUUUCCGCAAUCUUCACAUUUCUUCAGUCUUUUCUUCUCUCUUGUCUUUGCCAAUAUCAAGGCUUAUCUUCUUGAUUCAAACGAACCAGUUUUCAAUCUCGUAACCAAAACCAUAAAAAACUCCACUUUUUUUCCUUGUGUUUUUUAAGGUUCUGUUAUGGGUUUGGACUGGUUUCUGCUUUGACCGAAGAUUAUUUUUGUUGAGUUUCGAAUUCUAGGUUUUGCACGAAAACAAGUGAUCUUGAAUAAACUUUUAGGGAGCUAAACUUUAUGAUGGUUGAGGCUGGUGGAUUGGUGGAGCAAAGAAAGGAUACUAUGACUAUGAGGCAUGUAAACAGCAAGGUGAGGUACGUUAACAAGCCAAUCAAGAAGCUCAGACGCAAGAAGAGAAGCAAGCCUGUUGUGUCAAGAGUUCCUAGACUACUGCCAGAGCUCUUUGUUGCUUGUAGGGAAGUCUUCAAAGGCCCUGGAAAUGUUCCUCCUCCUUCUGAUGUAGACAAGCUUUGCAGCAUUCUUGAUAGGAUGAAGCCAGAAGACGUUGGGCUUAGCAAAAAUCUGCAGUUCUUCAAGGCAAGGGGUGCGGUGACAGGGACUCCUAGGGUCACAUACACGACUAUAUACCAAUGUGAUGAGUUCUCGUUAUGCAUUUUCUUUCUUCCUGAAAAGGCUGUCAUCCCUCUCCAUAAUCAUCCAGGGAUGACCGUGUUCAGCAAACUUUUACUAGGAAAAAUGCAUAUAAAAUCGUAUGAUUGGGUUGAUCCUGUGCAUUCUGAAGACCCUGUGCCACCCUCCCAACCGAGAUUGGCGAGGUUGAAAGCUGAUAGUGUCUUCACCGCCCCAUGCGACACCUCUGUGUUGUAUCCUACAGCAGGAGGCAAUAUCCAUCAAUUCACAGCUAUAACUCCUUGUGCAGUGCUUGAUGUUCUUGGUCCUCCUUAUUCUAAAGAAGACGAUCGAGAUUGCUCCUAUUACAGAGAUGUCCCAUGCUCAGCUUUCCCAAAUGGAGAAACUACAGUGAGGGAAGAAGAAGAGGGUGACCUUUUUGGAUGGUUGGAAGAAAUCCAAGUGCCAGAGAAUUCAAAGAUGGAUAGAAUUGAGUACUUGGGUCCACAGAUUGCAGAAACUAGUUUCUAAUUAAUGUAUCUAAUGUUAAUUACCUUUCCAUAUGAAAAGAGACGGGAGUAAAAGAAAAAAGAAAAAGAAAAGGUCCAGACUAGCAAGAAUCCAUAUAUAUAUUUUUUAUUUCUUUUGUUUUAUGCUAUGAUAGUUAGCCUUGUAGAUAAGUAGAAAACAUAUAGUAAGUGUUUUUGGAUGGUUUUCUUGGGAACAUUUACACAUUUUUCUUGAGAAACUAGAGGCAGUACUGGUUUGCCAGGUUGGGCUCGUGGUUUAUCAUA